GAAGUUAUAAAGAUAUAUGCAAUAGAUGUCCAUCGCCCUGAGUUAAUUUCUGUUCUACAACAUGAAGAUGAAGGGGAACAUUUUUCUAUUUCAUUUGACGCGCUAACGUUAUUUGAAUCUAACAUGUCUAUUUGUGAUGGGUUGUUAUCCAGUCCUCUACAGAUCCUACCACUGUGUGAUAUGGCAUUGAUAGAAGCCCAGCAAACUAUUAAACAAGAUAUGACUGACCCUACACUGAGUGUAAAAAAGAACAUACAUGCCAGGAUUAUGGCGCUACCAGUUUGUCCUGAACUAACACGUACAACUUUACCAAAAACAGCUGAUGUUGGUAACUUCCUCUCCAUAACAGGCACUGUGAUUAGAACAACACUAGUUCGUGUUUUAGAGUUUGAAAAGGAAUUUAGUUGUAAUAAAUGUCGCACUCUUGUUACAGCCAGGGUUGAUUUUGAAAGAUACAACACACUUCACAAACCCACAAAAUGUCCUAAUGAUGUCUGUAACAGCACCAAUUUUUCACCGUUAAAUGAAAGAGCCACUUCUCCGUUAAAAUGUAGCAAUUAUCAAGAAAUAAAGAUACAGGAGCAAGUUCAGAAAUUAACAAUGGGGACAAUACCCAGGUCAAUGUGGGUCGUACUAGAAGAUGAUUUAGUUGAUGAAUGUAAAGCUGGAGAUGAUGUCACUGUAUGUGGUGUAGUAAGAAGACGUUGGAAGACAUUGUCAGUCGAAAGUAAAUGUGAUAUAGACAUCGUACAUCACGCCAAUCAUGUUCUCGUUACUAACGAACAGAAAAAUAAUAUUCUCAUCACACAGGAUAUGAAAUCUGAAAUUGCUGAGUUUUGGGAAGAGAAUAUGUACAGUCCACUGGCAGGUAGAAAUAAAAUAUUAGCUAGUCUCUGUCCACAGGUGUAUGGUUUGUACGUGGUGAAAUUAGCAGUAGCUGUUUGUCUGGCUGGUGGCGUGCAGAGAGAAGAUGAGAGUGGGUCUAAAGUUCGUGGUGAAGCUCAUUUAUUACUGGUAGGAGAUCCAGGCACAGGAAAAUCUCAGUUUUUGAAAUACGCAGCUAAAAUUACCCCCAGAUCUGUUUUGACAACUGGAAUUGGUAGUACUAGUGCUGGGCUGACUGUUACAGCUGUAAAGGAUUCUGGAGAAUGGCAGCUAGAAGCUGGAGCGUUGGUAUUGGCUGAUAGUGGUCUAUGCUGUAUAGACGAGUUUAACAGUAUCAAGGAACAUGAUAAAGCCAGUAUACACGAAGCUAUGGAGCAGCAGACUAUCAGUGUAGCUAAGGCUGGGCUAGUAUGUAAAUUGAACACCAAAACAACUAUUCUAGCUGCCACCAACCCUAAAGGCCAAUACGAUCCAGAACAGUCUAUAUGUGUGAACGUAGCUCUAGCUAGUCCCUUAUUAAGCAGGUUUGAUUUGGUGUUGGUAUUAUUAGACAGUCAAAACGAAGAUUGGGAUAGGAUGGUGUCCAGCUAUAUUCUUGAAAACAAAAGUAUAGGAGUAAAUACUAAACAUCUAUGGAGUAUGGAAAAGAUGCAGGCGUAUUUAGCCUUGAUUAAAACUGUGGUUCCAAAACUAACAGAGGGCGCUACCAGAGUGCUACAAGCCUACUAUAGGGCACAGAGAGGGGCAGACAAUCGAAACGCCGCCAGAACCACAAUGAGGCUGCUUCAGAGUAUGAUACGAUUAGCUCAAGGUCACGCCAGGUUGAUGUUCCGUGAUGAGGUCACAGUUCAAGAUGCCAUUGUUGCUGUCACUUUGAUGGAAUCCUCCAUGCAGGGAGCAGCUUUACUUGGAGGUGUAAACGCUCUACAUACAGCUUUUCCUGACUCCCCAGAGGAAGAAUAUCAGUUACAAGUGGAGAUGGUGUUAAAGAGACUAGAUCUGUUGGAUUUACUAAAAGACGAAAUGGAAGAACUGGAUCGACAGACAAACAAUCGCUUAGAAAAAUCG